AUGACAGGGGCAGCAGGCCAGAACAAACAACACUUCAUUACAAAGAACACGGCCAAGCUUGACCGUGAAACAGAGGAGCUGCACCAUGACAGAGUUUCCCUGGAGGUGGGCAAAGUGAUCCAGCAGGGCCGGCAGAGCAAGGGCCUCACGCAGAAGGACCUGGCCACGAAAAUCAAUGAAAAGCCACAAGUUAUCGCUGACUACGAAUCAGGACGAGCGAUCCCAAAUAACCAGGUCAUGGGCAAGAUUGAAAGAGCCAUCGGCCUCAAACUUCGUGGAAAGGACAUUGGAAAACCACUGGAAACUGGCCCCAAAGGGAAAUGACAACAAAGCCUCGAAAUCAGUUUGCUCAGACUGAUCUGGUUCUCCUCAACCACUCUGCAUAUUGCCAAGCUGAACAAGAGGGUUUCAGACUUGCUUUGGGGGGAAAUCUGCUGCAUCUGUACCUGCUGUAAAAAAGGCAACCUUUAAGAAGCAAUUUUCCUGAUGUUUGUUUUUCCUUGCUCCUUUUCAGAGACUGAGGAUCUAAACCCCAAGAAAAAACCCAAACCCUGCCUCUGAUUUGCCAGAAAACAUGUGCAUUGUGGUGUUAGCAGCAGCUGAUGUUAAGGCACUUAGGGUGGUCUGAAAUGUGAUGAUUUAAUUGAAACAAUUUGGGGGAUGGGUGAGAUAUAUUAUAUAUAAAUAAUUUGGGAGAGUUGGGGCUUCAUCAGAAAUGAUGACUCAGUCACUGUAUCUCAAUGAGUUUGGUUUGUUCUUUCCAGCCUGUUUUAAAGAGAUCUAUAAUAAAGUUUGAUACCCUUCA